CCUCCUCCUCCUCUCCUCCUCCUCCUCCUCCUCAUGUCCCUCCCCUAAUCCCGCCCCCCUUGCCACCGCGGCUCUCCCGGGUAUAUAAGGGCCACGCUGGCACAGUGAAGCAUCGUUCCCAACGCGUCUUCACUCUCUAAACAUGAAACUGGUACUCCUCGCUUGCCUGGCGGCGGUGGCCGUUGCUGCUCCUCAAUUCAUCGACCGCCCAGUCGUCCUCGUCCUCCGUGACGACCGUCAGGACAACGGCGACGGAAACUUCAACUUCGCCUUUGAAGCCGAUAACGGCAUCGCUGAGGAGAGGAGCGGCACCCCUGGUGUGGAGGGCCAGGCCAACAUGCAGGGCUCUUACAGGUUCCCCCUCCCUGACGGCACCUUCGCUGAGGUCACCUUCAUCGCUGACGAGGGAGGUUUCCGGCCCCAGUCCCCACUGCUGCCCACGCCGCAUCCCCUGCCCGCCCACGCCAUCGAGCAGAUCCGCAUUGCUGAGGAGCAGCGUGCGCGCGGUGAAAUUUUCGAAUAACUCAAUCGCUAAUAAAUUAUGAAACACGUAAUAUGUAAGACCAGCAUUCGUAAUAAAAAUUAAAUCUAUUACUA